AGAUGCUUUUAACAGAGAAGUUGAAGGACUUGUUCCUUAUGAACAGUUCACUGCACCUCUAUGUUCAGGGCUCUCCUAUGACGGAAAAAAAAACUUAGGCGGUUAACGAGGGAUUGGGCGGUCAACGCGGAAAUUAGGCGGUCUUACGCGGAUCAACGCCUGGCUACACCGAUUUAGGCAUAAUCGCCGCGGUCAACCUCUGAACUGCGUCUAGGCGGCUGCAUUUUCGAACAUGGGUUAAGAUUAGUAUUGUUUGGUUAAAAGACCUUUUUUAGAAAACCGAACUAAUCGAUUACCAAACCGAAACUGAUUUUCUUUUUAGUUGCCAAAUUGAACUGGACUGAACCAAAAACCAACUUUACGGUUUGGUUCAGCAGGUUCGGUUAAUAACAGCAGGCCUUAAUAGUUAAUACUUAAUACUACCAAAACUGAUGUCUCAUAACACUCUCUGAAUUGUUUAUGCUACCUCCAGGAACAAUUUGUUGUGACAGAACCGGUUGUAGAUCAGACAUAUGUAUCAUGAAAGGAGACGUUAGAACACACUAUACAUCUUCGUCAAUCUUCCUCUUCACAUCCUUCAAAAACAAGUCCAAACCCCCUGAGAAGAUCAAACCAUACACAAGGAAAUGGGAAACAAGUGUGAUGGAAACAGUUCAAGAACUCAAUCUCGUCUACAAAGAUGUCAAUGAUGAACAUCACAACAAGAUCUGCGAUGUUGUGUACCAAAACGUUCCCGCUGUGUUUUUCUCAACGGGUGGAUACACUGGAAACGUCUACCACGAGUUCAACGAAGGAAUCAUCCCUUUGUUCAUCACUUCACAGCAUUUCAACAAGAAGGUUGUGUUUGUGAUCGUUGAGUAUCGUAAUUGGUGGGUUACUAAAUAUAAAGAUAUCCUCUCUCAGCUAUCUGAUUAUCCUCCCGUGGACUUCAAUGGCGACAAGAGAACACACUGUUUCAAGGAAGCUAUCGUGGGGUUAAAGAUUCACAACGAGUUGAGUGUUGACUCAUCGUUAAUGCUUGGGAAUAAAACGAUUCUUGACUUCAGAAACUUGUUGGAUCGUGCUUACUGGCCACGUAUCCGUGGAUUGAUUCAAGACGAAGAAGCAGAGAACAAGACUGGUUUCAAACCUAAACUGGUUAUUAUGUCAAGAAACGGAUCAAGAGAGCUACUUAACGAGAAUCUUCUGGUGAAACUAGCGGAGGAGAUUGGUUUCUUUGUCGAGGUUUUGAGACCGGACAAAACAACAGAGCUGGCGAAAAUCUACAAAUCUUUGAACUGUAGUGAUGUAAUGAUCGGUGUUCACGGAGCUGCGAUGACGCAUUUCCUUUUCUUGAAACCGAGAACCGUGUUUAUACAGAUUAUGCCGUUAGGAACCGAGUGGGCUGCUGAGACUUACUUUGGACAACCAGCUGAGAAGAUGAGGUUGAAGUACAUUGGUUACAAGAUUAAAUUGAAAGAGAGCUCUUUAUACGCUGAGUAUGGUGAAGAUGAUCCUAUAAUUAGAGAUCCAAAGAGUUUUACUAGAAAAGGAUGGGAUUACACUAAGAAGAUUUAUCUUGAGCGCCAAAACGUGACGCUUGAUUUGAAAAGAUUCAUGAAACCGUUGUCUCGUGCUUAUAAGUACUCCAUUAGACGAAACAAGUGAUUUAAUAGUCACUAAUCAGAUAGUAUAUCACCAACCAAACCUGGUUUAAGCUUUGCAUAAACAGUUUGUAGAGAGAAGGCAUAAACAGAAAAUUUUUAGCCUUUUUUUUUUGUAACACAGAGAAAAUUGUUAGCUAUAUUGGCGCUGAAAAUCACUUAAACGUGUCUACUAUAUAUGGGUCCGAUUGGU